AUGUCGUCAUUCGAUUUGAACUCAAUAAAUGCAGCGCUAACCGAUCCCGGUAGCACUAUUAAUGGCGUGGAUUUUUCUGGAAAAUCGUUAAAAUUGGACACUGCGCAUGAUGCACAACCUAUUGUUGAAGCUAUCAAUGCAUGUCCGGAACUCCACUACCUUACCCUCACGGGUAACACCCUUGGAGUAUCAGCAGCCGAGGCUAUUGCCAAAUCGUUAGAACAACACCCUGAACUGAAGAUUGCUAGAUUCUCGGAUAUGUUCACUGGACGCAUGAAGACAGAGAUACCUCCUGCUUUGGCUGCGCUCGGUGAUGGAAUGAUAACUGCGGGUGCCCGUCUCAGAGUUCUAGAUCUGAGUGAUAAUGCAUUUGGACCGAUAGGAGUCGAGGGUCUUGCCAAACUGUUGCAGAGUGACGUAUGCAGUGAAUUAGAGGAACUGCGGUUAAACAAUAAUGGUUUAGGCAUCACCGGAGGACGUCUGCUGGCGAACGCAUUGUCAGCAAGACCUCGAAAGUUGAAGAUAUUUGUAGCUGGACGGAACAGACUGGAGAACGAUGGGGCUACGGCACUCGCCAAAGUAUUUCAGAAUAUGGGAACUUUAGAAGAAGUAGCCAUGCCACAGAACGGUAUAUACCAUGUUGGUAUAACAGCUCUGUCGGAGGCUCUGAAGAAGAAUACUCAGCUGGCAAGGUUGAACCUUAACGACAAUACUGUAGGGUCGAAAGGAGCUUGUGCCAUCGCUGGAGCGUUGUCUAAUUUGCCUAAUCUGAAAUGUAUUAACUUCGGAGAUUGCCUACUCAAAAGUAAAGGUGCGAAAGCAUUAGCGAAGGCCUUCAAAGACAACUCUCUCCUACUUGAGUCCCUGGACCUCAGCCACAAUGAGAUAGGCAGGGAUGCUUGCAUGGAGGUAGUUGACGCCCUCACGGCUUUACCGGACAGCUAUGACAGACUGAGCCGUGUUGUCCUAGCUGGUAAUAGUUUAGGGGGUGCGUCCGACAAAAAGACGAUGAAAGAUAAACUUGGUGCUUCAGCUGAACUCAGUGAUGGAGAAGAAAGCGAUGAUGAAUGUAAAUGUAACAGAGUUCAGAAGAAGAAGAAGAAAGACGAAUCAGAGUCAGAAGAAGAGAAGGAAUCAGAAGAUAGCGCCCCAGAAGACUCCCAACACAUAGAUGACUCGACGAGCUUCGGUAAUGAUGUGCUUUUGAAUAAAUCUGGAGAUCUCACUUUGGACACUUCUGGUAUAGAGGAAGUGGAGACUGACGUGGGCAAAUUCCUUCAACAGCCCACGGUGGAGAACCUGACGAGACUUGGACCUAAUGCGGCUGAUGUCAUAGACGCUCAUUUGCAAGCCAUUAAAGAAACAGCAGAUCAUAUCCAGGCGUACGUUGACGCGACGUUGUGCGUGUCAGGCCUCUCUGAUCAGAGCGCUCGCGCCAAGGUGGUCGCCGAGGAGAUGAUCCCCAGGCUCAUACAGAGGGCCGGCGAGAGACACGCCGCGCAGUGGCUCCUUGCCAAUACCGUACUUUCAGGACUUGGACUCAUUAAGUCUGAAGACAAAACCCGCAAGAUCCGCUGGUCUCUCCCCCCUUGUUACGCGUGCAUAGCGAAGUGCAUGUCCGCCCCCUACUUCCCCGUAGCGCUACGAGACACGCUACAAUUCUUCGCCAACGCCAAGAAGUCGACCAUACCCUACGCCGAAACCCUAUGUCGUUGUAAGAAACGAAAUAUUAUUUUGUUAUCUGUAGUGUUUAAGGGAAGCAGUGGCUUAAAACACAAAAAAAAAAUGUCUGAAACAUUAAAACUGAAUCUCCAAUUCGGUGGUGGCGCUGAACUACUAUUUGACAGGAUAAAAAAGCGGGAAAUAGAGUUGCCAGCGUUGAAUAAAUAUCUACCAGAUAGUAAUAAAGAAAAAUGGACAAUUAGAGAAUUAUUGAUGUGGAUCAAAGAUAAUUUAUUAAAGGAGAGGCCCGAGUUAUUUUUACAGGGUGACUCCAUCAGACCUGGUAUACUUAUUCUAAUAAAUGAUGCAGACUGGGAAUUGUUUGGAGAAUUGGACUACGAAUUACAGAAUAAAGACCAUAUUAUGUUUAUAUCUACCCUACAUGGUGGAUAA